AUUUGUUUAAUAUUUAUUUCUUUAAUUUUGGGUAAUAAUUUCUUCAUUUCUUAUUACACUUUCUUCGUUUUUUAUCAUGAAGGGACGUUUGCACAGACCGCAAGGGUCAAAUUUUCGAAAAGCUUUGGUGGAGCAAACAAAACAAAGAUCUAAACUAGCACCCGCAGAAGAGUCUUCAUCCCGCGAAAAUUCUAAACUAGAACUUGAGAAAAAAAAUCCUUCGUGGCCAACACAUAUCGACAAAUUAAUUUUGGAUGGUCAAAAACAUUCAAAUAAGAGAACUUGUCAAUCUAAGAAUUUAGAAAAAACUGAUCAAGAUCAACAAGCAUUACAUGAAGAACAAGACAAUACUGUUCAAUCAAUAAAUUUAAUUCAAAAUCGGAAAUCCACUCCUUGUAGACAAACAUUAUCAUCACAAGAGCUUACAACAAAUAAGUAUGAGAAAAUACUACAAGUAUGGAAAAUUGAAAAACCUGUUCAAAGCAGGUCUUUAUUGUGUGAAGAACAAAAAAGUACCAUACAUUCAGUAAAAUCAAUACAAGAAAAUUGUGUUCAAUCAGCUCAAAUCGACAAAUGUCUAGCUGAAAAUGAAUACAGUCAAUUAAAAUCAACAAUAAAGCCGGCAAUCGAUUCGACAACAAAGCCGGCAAUCAAUUCGAUAACAAGUAAAAGUAAGUUGAUAGAAGAUGCUAAAAUAGUUAUGCAUUCUAAAAGAAAGAUGAGCGAAUCCUACAAAGCUGCACCCAUUAUAUCAAACGAACAAAGAAGGUACACCCAACCAGCACUUGAAUUUAAAACAUCUUCGAUUAGAAAAAAAUCUUUAAGUGAACAGUGUAAUCAACCAAUAAUUGAAAAACCUGUCACAACUAAUAAAGUAGAAUCCGACGAAUCUCCUAAUAACACAGCACAACGAAGAUUAUCAAAAACUGAGUUAGCCAAACGCGAAAGAAAAAUUUCACUUCAAGAGUCGCAAUCGAUAAAAAAUCAAGUGUUAAAUUUGGAACCUGAAAAAUUCUCUCAGCUUUUUUCUUAUGCACAACGUAGAAUAUCUGACGCUUCACCACAAAUGCCCGGCUACCCUAUUUGUGAUCCAAAAAGUUCAUUACUUUGUGAAAGCAAAAUAAUCGAAGAACAGCCCAGCUCGCUAACUGAAUCUGAGUUUCAAAAACAAGCGGUCAUGACUUUGUGCGAAUAUUGCAACUAUUGUAUCUUAACAAAAUUGGAGUAUCAUGCAGGUUUCCAUACAUGCGUGUGGAGUGGAAUUAUAUGCAUAGCAACAGGCUUUUUAUGUGGCUUUAUUCCUUUUUGUAUAAACGAAUGCAAAGAUGUUGUCCACAAAUGUCCAAACUGCAACAAAGUUUUAGGCACCUACAGAAGAUUAUGAAUUCAAUUUUGGGUACAACUUGUGUUGUUGGCCCCUUUUCUAAAUAAACAUCAAGAAAGGUUGUUACAGCUUCCAUAAAAAAUUUUCUUAAUUACUUUUAUAUAAGCAUAAAAGACACUGACUUAAUUAUUAAUUUAUUUUCAAAUGAGAGAUUGGUGUUUUAAUACUUUUUACGAAGAACACAAGCCUUACAAUUUAUUAAUUUAUUGCUAAAUGAAAGGUUAGCAUUUUAAUUCUGUUUACGUAGAACGCAAGCAUAAUAAUAAACAAAGUUCAGGAAAACCUGUUUACUGCUAAUUUAAAAGAUUCUUGACAUCACUGUAAAGCAUAUGGUAAUUGACAAUAAUGACGAUGACGACUAUGGUAUAAAAAACUUUUUUUACACCGAACUUUUCAUUUGUAAAAUUCUUUAAAAUUUAAGAAAAGAUUUUUGUUGUAAA